ACCACUGCCCCACGGCAUCCGACCAGAAACGGCUGAGGUUUGCCUCUUCACAAAGGAUGAACCAAAUUUAUCAGCGGAACAGACGGAAAAUCUGUACAGGAAACUUCUAAUGCAGAAUGGGAUCAGAAGUGUUAGCCAGAUCAUCUCAUACAAAACUCUCAAAAAGGAGUAUAAACUAUUUGAAGCAAAGCGCCGCCUCCUGAACAGAUUUGAUCUCUUUCUGUCUGAUGACCGAAUUAGAAGGCUGUUGCCCUCACAUCUAGGAAAACACUUUUAUGAAAGGAAAAAGGCACCUUUAUCUGUAAACCUGAAAGCCAAAAAUCUUGCUAAGGAGCUACAAAAACAUAUCCAGGGGACUACCCUCCCAGUUACCAACAAAGGGUGCUGUUAUACCGCGCGCAUAGGUCACACUGGAAUGAAAGCUGAUGAGAUACUAGAUAACGUCAUUGCAGCAGCUGAUGUGAUUGCUAAGAAGUUACCAAAGAAUUGGAAAAAUGUAAAAAUUCUUCACCUCAAAACACUGAAAUCAGUUGCACUUCCAAUUUUUACUGCAAAUAUCUCCAACUUGGAUGAGCUUGACAGACAGCCAUCUGUCAAAAAAAAGGAAGUAAAGAAGGGAAAGAACAAAAAAACAAAGAAGGCAGCUAAAAAACUGAAUUCAAGUCAAGUCACCUUGACAACUGAAACUAAUGCUGGUGCUGCUACCAAGGAGCUUGCGAUAAAAGAAAAUGUAGUAGUCCAAGAACCAGGUGAUGAUGAUGAAGAAAUUCCACAACUGGUGCCUCUGCAAACAACCAGCUUAGAGGAGCUGAAGAAAACAGAACCAAGUCCAGAAAAAGGUGACAAGCUGGGCAGGAAAACUAAAACACCCCUUGGUAAGAGAAAGAAGCAACCUCUCACUCUGGAGACUCCAGAACCAAAACACAGAGUUACAGAAGAGCGUGCAGGCUUGCAGACAUCAGCAAAACAGAAAAAAGCCAAGCAGCUCAGUGUGCCAAAGGAAGCAAUAAAAGAAAAAGAGAUGAAAAAGACUCCCAAAAAGCCUGAAGCAAAAUCUUUCGCAACACCCAAAGCUGGCAAAUCAAUACAGUCAACCAAGAAGUCUUCAAAAACGCCAAAGGAAACACCCAAGAAAGCGCGCAGGCCACAGUCAGCAUGA